AUGAAAUAUAAAUGGGAAAGUAAACAAGAUGUGAUCUACGUCGAUCUUGUUGGCACAGUAACCAGCACAACCUGGAGCCGCAUCGAGGAAAUUUGGUGCGGUGGGCGCGGCGGCACAAUGGACGACGGAGGCAGCAACAAGCAACGUCAAGCGACGCGGGUAUUCAAAAAGAGCUCGCCAAAUGGCAAGAUAACAGUAUAUUUAGGGAAAAGAGACUUUGUAGACCAUAUCACUCAUGUAGACCCGAUUGACGGGGUCGUGCUAAUCGACCCGGAGUACGUGAAGGACAGGAAGGUGUUUGGGCAUGUGCUCGCUGCGUUCCGAUACGGUCGCGAGGACCUCGACGUCCUCGGCCUGACCUUCAGGAAGGAUCUCUACCUUGCAGCUGAACAGAUAUACCCACCGACGAGCACUCCAAAGCGACCGCUAACUAGACUCCAGGAGCGUCUAGUUCGCAAGCUCGGACCGGCGGCACAUCCAUUCUACUUCGAACUGCCCCCACACUGCCCCGCCUCGGUCACCCUACAGCCCGCCCCCGGAGAUACAGGCAAGCCGUGCGGGGUUGAUUACGAAUUAAAGGCUUUUGUAGCUGAUUCUCAAGAUGAUAAGCCCCACAAAAGAAAUUCAGUCCGGCUGGCGAUCAGGAAGAUCAUGUACGCGCCAAGCAAGCAAGGCGAGCAACCAUCCGUCGAAGUGUCCAAGGAGUUCAUGAUGAGCCCAAACAAACUGUACCUGGAAGCUUCGUUAGACAAAGAACUGUACCACCACGGCGAGAACAUAGCCGUCAACGUGCACAUAGCGAACAACUCGAACAGGUCCGUGAAGCGGAUCAAAGUGUCGGUGCGCCAGUUCGCCGACAUCUGCCUCUUCUCCACCGCGCAGUACAAGUGCACUGUGGCCGAGGCGGAGAGCGAGGAAGGUUGUCCGGUCGGGCCCGGGUUCACUCUGAGCAAGGUGUUCACACUGACGCCGCUGCUUGCGAACAACAAGGACAAAUGGGGACUCGCACUCGAUGGGCAGCUUAAACAUGAAGACACCAAUCUUGCUUCUAGCACACUCAUUGCAGACCCAUCGCAGCGCGAAAACUUAGGAAUCAUAGUACAAUAUAAAGUGAAGGUUAAGUUAUGCCUCGGACCACUUGGAGGUGAGCUUAGCGCCGAGCUGCCCUUCAUCCUGAUGCACCCGAAGCCGGAGGAGGAGGCGCCGCGGCCCGCGCCCGAGCCCGCGCCGCAGGACCACGACCUCAUACAGCUCGAUCCGCAUCCGGACGAAAACGGGCAAGAGCAAGACGACGAUAUCAUAUUCGAGGAUUUCGCGCGGCUGCGGCUGAAGGGCGCGGACGCGGACGCU